AUGGCCAUGGGGAACCUAACGACUGUCAGCUAUUUUGUUCUGUCAGGUCUUUCCAAUGACCCACAGCUCCAGCCUUUCCUGUUUGUGGUGUUUCUACUAAUAUACCUUCUAACCGUCAUGGGGAAUGGGGCUAUCAUGGUGGUGACAAGAGCAGAUUCUCACCUCCACACCCCUAUGUAUUUUUUCCUAUUCCAUUUAUCCUUUCUGGAUAUCUGCUAUUCUUCAGUUACAGUCCCAGAGAUGCUGCACAACUUCAUGGUGGAUAGGAAAACAAUUUAUUUCCCUGGCUGCAUUUUCCAGAUGAGCUUAAUUCUCCUGUUGUCCUGUUCAGAAAUUUUCAUGCUAUCAGCAAUGGCCUAUGAUCGAUACGCUGCUAUCUGUGACCCACUGCAUUAUGGGGGAACCAUGAAUAAGCAAGUCCGCAUAAGACUAGUGUGUGGUGUAUGGCUGAUCAGUAUCAUUCAUGCACUGACAAACACUGGUCCUGUGUUACAUUUACAUUUCUGUGGGCCCAAGGAAGUGAAUAAUUUCAGUUGUGAGCUCCCAUCUCUACUAGAACUGUCCUGCUCAGAGACAUUUGUCAGUAAAAUUACAUUUCUCACUUCAGUUAUGAUUGUAAGUUUGGUCUCAUUCUCUGUCACUCUGGUCUCUUACAUCUGCAUCAUCUCCACCAUCUUGAGGAUGCGGUCUGCUGAGGGUCGGAGUAAAACCUUCUCUACCUGUAGCUCGCACCUCACUGUGGUUGUUCUGUAUUAUGGGGCUGGUUUGUUUCGAUAUCUGAGACCAAGUUCAGCCUCUUCGGUUGUUCUUGACAGACUCUUCUCCAUCCAGUACAAUAUCUUAACUCCCAUGUUAAAUCCUAUUAUCUAUAGCCUGAGAAACAAGGAGGUAAAGGCAGCUCUGGGGAAUACAUUGGGGAAAAUUCAAAGCAUGUAA